UCAGUCUAUAUUCAGGUGUAGACCAGUCUGAUUAAAAUCAGAGCCCAUACUCAUUAUCAUAUCGUUGGGGUCUGACAGGGAUUGUAUAAAGGUCAUCUUCUGGUGACCUCACAUAUUCGCAUAUUCAUUAAACAUGACAACCAAUGAGAUUCAACAUAGCAAAAACCUUUUCGGCUGUUCAUGUAAAAUGGCGACGAUUGAUACGGCAAUAGCAUCUGCGCUUCAACAAUUCAAUUUAACGUGUUUAAAGGAAGAACAAAAACAGAUUCUUCAAGCCAUUCUGUCAGGAGAGGAUUGUGUUGCUGUACUACCAACAGAAUAUGGAAAAUCCCUACCAUAUCAACUUUAUAUUCCGGUUUUAAAAUGUAUAGUAUGCGACAACACUGCAUCGAAGAAGCCAGUUGUUUUGGUUUGCUGUCCACUUGUGGCACUCAUGGAAGACCAAGAACGGCGUUUACGAGAGAUACCAUCUGUAAAUGCCGAGUUAAUAGGUGGAGAAGCAGAUGAAGUGAUAAGAAAUGGUGAGGCAGAUAUAAUUUUUGGCUCUCCAGAAAUGAUUAUUGGAAGUAAACACUGGCGGGAAGAGUUAGAGAAAUUCAACGUAAAGCUUAUUGUGGUUGAUGAGUUCCAUACAGUUGCCACUUGGGGUGCAGUCGGACAAGAGGAGGAAAAGGCUUUUAGAAAAUGGUUCAGAUGUAUAGGAGAACUGAGAUCUUUAUUUCCAUCAGCAGUUAUGCUAGCUUUGAGUGCAACAUGUACCAAAAAAAUGUUAAAGAAAGUUACAGAUGCUUUAUUGAUGACAGGAUGUAAACAUUUCAUCACAAGGAAUCCAAAUAAAGAAAAUAUUAAGUAUAUUGUAAGGAAAAUAGAAACUGAUAUUCAGUCAUCAAUGUUUUGGUUGAUUGAAUCCAUAGAAAAAUACAAGGACAGAUUUCCACGAACUCUAAUUUAUUGCAAUUCCAUAAAGGAUGUAUCGCAAAUCUACAAUUAUGUGGUGGAGGAGGUUCCUAUAUGUAAACCUUUUGUAGAUAUGUUUCAUUCAGAAACCACAAGUGAAAAAAAGUCACAGAUCUUAUCUCAGCUGACAAAACCUAGCAACUUAAAAUUAGUGAUAUGCACAAGUGCACUGGGAAUGGGCAUAGAUAUUGUUGACUGUUACAGUGUUGUCAUGUAUGGUCCACCUUCAAAUGCAGUAGAAUUUUUACAGGAAGGUGGACGUGUAGGAAGAAAAGGAGAAAAAUCAGUCUGUGUGUUGUUGUACCAUUCCCACCAAAUGCAACACACAGAUGAUGAUACUAGGUCUUUACUGAGAGAAACCACAUGUAGACGACUGUCUAUAAUGAGCUGUUUUGUAAAGGCUAAAGAAUUAGAAGAGAUUAAAAGUAAGCACUUUAAAAAACAUAAUUGUUGUGAUCUGUGUGAAACAAUGUGUGACUGCAAACAAUGUACUAGGCUACCAUUAGAAAAAAUACUUGAUGUAACUGAUUUAGGACAAAUUUCAACAGAUGUGGUAGACAGUGAUUCUGAUACUGUAUCUUAUGACUAUCAGUCAGGCUCAGUUACAGAUGAUGAACUUUUGGAACUCACUUUAGAUACAUUGUAAUUGUAUUUUACGUAUCUGUUAUUAAACUAUGCAACAUGUAUCUCAAAA